AUGUCCACAGUGUUCCCCACGAAACGCGGGGUGAUCAUCACCCGGUCCAGCUUCCCCAGUACGGGGCACUAUGCCGGGCACUGGCUGGGUAGUAACAAGGCCGCAUGGGAGGACAUGGCCUGGUCUAUUCCUGCACUGUUUGAGCUCAAUUUAUUCGGAAUUCCAUACAUCGGAGCCGACAUCUGCGGGUUCCUGUGGGACACGACGGAGCAGCUGUGUCAGAGGUGGAUGCAGCUCGGCGCCUUCUACCCCUUCUCACGGAACCACAACCACAGGAACUACAAGGACCAGGACCCUGCAGUCUUCAGCCAGGCUAUGAUAGACUCCACCCGUGACGUCAUGAUGACGCGCUACACCCUGCUGCCCUAUCUGUACACGCUGUUCUACCACGCCCACGUUGCCGGGACAACGGUCGUCAGGCCACUCCUACACGAGUUCCCUACCGACUCCAACACGUGGGACGUUGACCGGCAGUUCCUAUGGGGCAGCGGGCUUCUCAUCUCUCCUGUACUAACGCCGAACACCACAACAGUGUCUGCCUACUUCCCCAACACUCCAUGGUACGACUACUAUACGGGCCACGAGGUCGAAGGUCAGUACAGGGGUCAGACGGUGACCCUGGAUGCCCCACUGAACAAGAUCAACCUCCAUGUCCGAGGUGGGACAAUUCUGCCGACUCAGCAGCCUGCUAAUACUACUGUAUACAGAUUUUGGUGCUAA